GUCACUUGCUUUAAACUUCGGGCCAAACGCCCUUUAUUUUAAUUUAUUUCAAUUAUUGACUAAGCAUCAAACAAAAUAUAAGGAUGGUAAAUCCUUUUAAAAAUCUCAAAGUCCUCCAUGAAGAGAAAUGACAUUUGUUUUCUUAAGAAAAUUUGUCAAAAUAAAAAAUACUUAACUUUGACCGUCGAAAUCAAAUUGUAAUAAAAAAAAAUUAAUUUAUUCUAAUUCACUCCAAUAUUACUCAAUUAGAUUUUCAUCCUUAUCCGCCGCAAAGCUCGGGCCAAACAAAACUAACCCCAACACUUCCAUAUCCGUCUCUUCUUCUUCUUCUUCUUCUUCUUCGGAUUCUGCAGUUUGUUUGCAGAAGAUAGAAAAAGGCUCGAUCAGAUUCAUCAGUAGAGCACUCGAUGGAGCGAUCAGAUUCGGUACUGGACCGCAUCUCACAGCUCCCCGACGACAUCAUCCACCGCAUCCUCCAUUGCUUGGACACGGACGUAGCAGCAGUAGCCACGCGGGCCGCGACAACGAGCAUCCUGUCCAAAAGAUGGCUCCACCUCUGGCGCUCCUAUCCCGUGCUCCAGUUCCGCGAGGCCGCCUUUGGCCGGGACGACGCGUGUCCGGGAGGCACGGAAGGCAGGUUCCGCCGCUUCGCUGCCGCGUCGCUCGAGAGGAUCACGCGGUUGCAGGAGCCUCCAUCCUCCACAUCCUCCUCGCUGUUAAAAUUGAACAGCGUGAGGAUGUACUUGGAGUCGCAAUCGUGGGCCUGGCGUGGCGGCGAUUGGGCCGGAAUCCUGGAGGAACACUGUAACUGUAAGUCCCUGUCGUUAUCUCCGGUCGAGGUUGAUGUGAGCGACUCAUUUUGUCCUCGCUACAUCUCUCCGAGCACUCUCUCUUGGAAUCUCAGCCGCACACAAGUCCUCAAGCUCUCCCGAUUCAACCUGGACUCCUUCAAGUAUAUUAACGAGGGCGGCCGAAUGGAGCGUCUCAAGGUACAGCUUUCGGCGAACGAUUCUGAGAGAUUGGCGAUCCGACUCAAUCCGAAGAACUACAUGUUAUGGGAGUUCCAAUUCCGAGUGUUUGUUGAAGGGAAGGGGCUCGCUGGAGUCCUGGAUGGUACGGUGCCGAAGCCAACCGCUCCGGCCACGGACGAGCAGAUUGCUUGCUGGGUACAGAAUGAUGCACGGGUGAGAACCUGGAUCUUGGGGUCUGUUGACCCUACCAUAUGUUUAAGCCUUCGUAGGCAUUCAACGGCGGCCGCGAUGUGGAAGCAAUUGGCGGCCACAUAUUCAACCGCCAGCCCCGCUCGCCAAUACGAAGUUCAAAUCGCCUUGGACCGCUUGGAGCAAGGUGAUCGGGAUAUCACUGCAUACCUCACUGCCGCCCAGGAGCUGUGGACUGAAGAAGACCUUCUUACAACAGCAUUGCGUCCCGCGGCCACGUCUGUUGUUCUUAUUGCGGACCGUGAGCCUGCUCGAUUGCUCCACUUUUUGAUGCAACUCCGGCCGGAGUUUGAAGCAAUCCGGUCGACGAUCUUGCACCGUGGUGAGCUGACGAUGGAAGGAAUGUAUGGAGACUUGAUACGCGAGGAGACCCGCCUACGUACUCAGGCAAGGCUGGAUCUCCGUCCGGGUGAUGGCGAGAAUUCAUUGCUCGCAGCUGCCGCUGCUGCCGAUACUGACGCAGCGUUUGCUGUUGGGCGACCCCAAUUUCAGCGUCGGGUACCUGUCUCCGAGCUUCAGUGCCACCAUUGCAAAGAGAAAGGGCAUCUCCAGAAGUAUUGUCGACGUAAGAAUUAUUGUGUUUAUUGUAAGAAGGGAGGGCACAUUAUCCUUGAUUGCAGGUUGUUCGUUAAACACCAUGGGAAACCACCCGACGUCAACGCAUCCGAACAGCGGUAUGAGCAGCCCCGCAAUGAGCAGCAGCGUUUUGAGCAGCCACGUCGGGACCGUGCUGCCUAUGCUGCCCAACCAGCUGAUGGAGGUAGUGUCACUGUGACUGCGGCUGCGAUUGAACAAUUGGUGAACGCAGCCUUGCAAAAAUCACUGCCCAAUGCCAUUAGCUCGGCCUUCGCUACUCUUCAAGUGUCUGCUAAUGGUGAGAACUUGAAGGUGCAUGGAUUGGGUUGUGUCCGUCAGUCAAAAAUUGAGCUCCCUGACACGUUACAUGUUCCUAAACUGGACCUGAAGACGGGGAGGCAGAUCGGCCGCGGGAGUAAAAGGGGGCGGUUAUUUCAGCUCGAAGAACUCAUUCAUCCAUCGUCAUGUGCAACCGAGCUGAGAACAUCUCCUGGUAGCAUCGUCAGUAGUCCUCCUGUUCUGCCGAAGGCUGUUGCUACUGCCGUUCGGCUAAUCAAUUACCAGAUCACCCCAGUUCUCAAUCAUGUCAGCCCAUACUUUGCUUUGUACUCCCGUCAUCCUGAUUACUCUCGUCUAAGGGUGUUCGGGUGCCUGUGUUUUGUUCUCCUGCCGAGAAAGGAACGUACUAAGCUGACCUCUAAAACCGCUCGCUGUGCCUUUUUGGGGUAUAGUGACAUCCAUAAAGGUUAUGUUUGUUAUGAUCCUGUCCUUCGUCGAGUUCGUAUAGCUGCCACCGUUGUCUUCUUUGAACAAUUUAAGUUCUUUUCCUCGGAUGCGUCCGAACCUCUGUUUGUUCCACCUUUGUCUACGUUGCCUGCUUUUCAUGAUGAUGAGAUGGAUGAUGGAGGUCUACAGCCUCCUGAUGACCCGCCCUCCCCAGCGCCGCAUUUGCCUCCCACACCACCGCACUCUCCUGCCGGCUCGCCUUCUGGUUCGUCUUCUACGUCACCAUCUGCAGCUGUCUCCUCCAGCUCCCUCGACAGCUCCCUUUCGGCUCCCUCCUCGGCUGGCUCCACUCCCGCGACCUCCGCUAGUUCUAGUGCGGGUUCGUCUUCUCCUGAGCCGCCUGUUCUUCGCCGAUCGGAUCGAGCCACUCGUGGUCAGCCACCACCUCACUUUGAUGAUUAUAUGGCCUACGGGGUCGAGGCCAUUGUGGUACCUACUCGUUAUAAGCAGGCCGCAGGUAAUCCUCUCUGGGACGCUGCGAUGCAAACGGAAAUUGAUGCAGUUCAUGCUAAUAAGACUUGGACGGUCGUUGAUCGACCUCCUCCUGAAGUUCCGGUGAUCGGAUCACGUUGGUUGUAUUCUCUCAAAAUGACUCCAGAAGGUGCGAUUGAACGGCACAAGGCUCGCAUUGUAGCGCAGGGGUUUACGCAGGAGCAAGGAAUCGAUUUUGAUGAGAAGUUUGCACCGGUCGCCAAGAUGGCUACUGUUCGUACUCUGUUAGCGGUGGCUGCCCGUAACAAGUGGCCGUUAUUCCAACUUGACGUUAAAAAUGCUUUCUUGCACGGGGACUUAAAGGAGGUUGUGUAUUUGGAGAAACCUCCUGGUUAUAAUGUCGGAUUGCCUGGUCAGGUUGUGCAUCUCUACCGCGUCCGGAUUGGCAGCAGCACAAAGGCUUCCGCCCUCGUGUCCUCCCUGUGUCGGAACGCGGAGACGGUGAGCCUGACGUCCGUUGAGGGCCUGAAAUCGCUGCACGUGUCCUCCAACACCCUGAAAUCCCUUAGCAUCCAGGGCUUCAUAGAAGGCGGCGGCGGCGGCGGUGACGACUACUCGGACCUAGAGGUCCACAUUGCCUCAGCUCCUCUCCUCCGCGCCCUCGACGUCUCCCUGCUGGAUUCCCUGACCCUAGACGACUCAUCAUCGUCAUCUUCUACGGCUCCCGAUCUCCAAGACCUGACGCUGCGGUGCUGCAACUCGCACAUCCUCACCCAAUCCCGCCUCGAUCACUUGCUCUCCAACUUCCCGUCCCUCCACUCCCUAAGUCUCUUGGGCAGCGCGCGGCCGGCCGGGGCGAGGACCCUACGUGUCUCGAGCUCCAGCCUUGGUGUACUGCCGUUCAAGUGCUUCCCGCUGGCCGACUUGCACGUUGACGCGCCUAAUUUGGUCGCUUUCUACCGAAUGCAUUUUCGACCUGUCUUACAUGUAUCGCCAAGCGCAGUCCAUAGACCAUGGUUGGUUUCGGGGGUUGAGGGACUUCCUCGCCAGGUGCCAUCUUUCCAAUCUGAGCGAGGAGCCAGCAGUGGCCAUGUAAAAGAGUGUCCUUUGAUUGUUCAACAUUUGGAAUUGGGGGCCUUUGCCCAGACAGAAUUGGACGCCACGGAGGGAGGCGAUGCUCUUCUCGGUGGUUUCUUCUCCAUCUGCCGCCCUAACUUCCUCUCCAUUUCUCGAGCUUGUCGUGAACCCAUCUUCUUCUUCUUGUAUUCUUGCUUCUACGACCAGCUCUUGAAGAGACACCAUCGUAUUCUUUGUUGUUGGGAUUUCACGUGCUGGCGCCAUCAGUUGUGCAGCGUGAAAAUAAGAAGCGACGUUCAUGAUCAGAUGAUUGAGAUCUCCCUCUCUCGAGAUAUAGUUUCGUCCAUUGUGCAGCAAAGGAACAAAGUUAGAUUUACGUUGAUUUGGCAUUAGUUUUGGUUGUGAAAUUUUAUUUUUUUCUUUGGCUAGAAAGCCAUAAAAUCAACCAUCAUUCUCGUCUUUGUGUUUUUGGUUUUGGAUUGAUCCGUUCUCAUUGAAUUUGGUCUAAUAGAUCCAUUUUAUCAUUCCAUGUCUUUUUGGCUUAUCCACAAGCUCCCAUGCAUGCAGGGGCGGAGCCAGGAUUUCUACACCGGGUGGGUCAAAAAUAAUUAAAUGUAAAUAAAAAUAAAAAAAUUAUUUUAAAAGCAUACAACGUUCUUUGAAAUCAUUGAAAAAUCACUCAAAAUGGCAUCUAAACUAAAUGUUUUGCUACCUUUCUUUCAAUAUAGUCUAAAAAUCAUU